UGGUUCUGGGCUUCGGGGGGGCGAAGGGCCCGGGGCCCUGUGUUCUCCGCGGCGGCGGGAGGCCUAUGGGCCGGCCCGAGCCUCGCGGCCCCGGAGACGGCGGUGGCGCCGAGCUGAGGCGCAGGGUGGCCCCUCCCUGAGGACAUGUACUGUCCAGCUCCUGCCCAAUCCCCAACGGGGACCCUGGAAUGGCAGUGUCACUCCCAACGCCCAGACUUCAGGAGGCCAUUGUGUUCGAGGAUGUGGCUGUGUAUUUCACAAGGAUAGAGUGGAGUUGCCUGGCCCCCAACCAGCGGGCAUUGUACAGGGACGUGAUGCUGGAGAACUACAGGCUCGUGGCCUCGCUGGGCUUUCUUGUCUCCAAACCAGCAUUGAUCUCCCUCUUGGAGCAAGGGGAGGAACCAGGGGCCUUGAUUCUGCAGGUGGCUGAGGAGCAAGGGACCAAGGCAAGCCUAUGCCCAGAUUCCAGGAUGGAGGCUGGGAUUAAGGAUUCUCCUCCAAGGAGAGUAUCCUCUAAGCAGGCAGGACUGUGGGACACAGUAUGGGGGCACCUCCCCAGGAAGGACCCCAAGUUACCUGAACUGACUGGCAGUCCCGAGGAUGGGUCCAAUAAGCGGGCAGGUGGCCCUGGUAGGGAGUUUAGCAUGUUCCUGGGGGCCCUGCAGGAAGAACAGCUCAGCUCAGACCCUGCAAACACUGUUGUGGGGAGAGUAUACAGGUGUUCUUGCGGCAAGGCGUUCAAGUACAACUUGCUGCUGCGCAGGCACCAGGUUAUCCACACAGGAGCCAAACCCUACCAGUGCACCGAGUGCAGCAAGGCCUUCAAGCAGAGUUCCAUCCUCCUAAGACACCAGCUGAUCCACACAGAAGAGAAGCCCUACCAGUGCAGCGAGUGCGGCAAGGCCUUCCGCCAGAGCACUCAGCUGACUAUGCACCAUCAAGUCCACACGCUGGAGAAGCCCUACCAGUGCAAAGAGUGUGGCAAGGCCUUUGGCCGCAGCUCCCGGCUCCGCCAGCACCAGAAGUUCCACUCAGGGGAGAGGCCCUACGAAUGCGGCGAGUGCGGCAAGGCCUUCUGCCACAGGUUCACGCUCCAGGAGCACUGCUGCAUCCACAGCAGGGAGCGGCCCUAUGUGUGCCUCCAGUGCAGGCAGUGCUUCAUCCAUGGGUCCGCGCUCCUCAAACACCACAGGCUGCACACUGAGGAGAGUCCCCUGCUCUGUGCAGCCCAGCAGACCCCCAUGGGGGACAAACUCUACCAGUGCCCGGUGUGCCAGAAGCCCUUCAGACAUAACUCUCUGCUCCUUGUGCACCAGAGGCUGCACACGGAUGAGAGGCCCUUUGAGUGCAGGGAGUGCGGCAAAGCCUUCAGCCAGAAGUCCAACCUCACUCUGCACCAGAAGACCCACACCAAGGAGAAACCCUUUGCCUGCACAGAGUGUGGCAAGGCUUUCUGCAGGAGCUACACGCUGAAUGAGCACUACCAGCUCCAUGGCGGGCGGCCACACAGGUGUCAGGCCCAUGGUAGGAUGGGCCGGCUGUCUGCCCUCAUCCAGCAUCAAAAAGUCCACAGCCAGGGGUGAUCCUAGUAAGGUGGGGAGGGCAGCCCGGUGCCCCGUUAGGCUUCCUGCUGAGGAGAUAGGCAGAAAACCCAUCCUGGAAGGCCUCCAAGGCAGAAAGCCAUCAGCCCUCCUCUGAGAAUGGAAGGGGGCUGGCCUUAUCUGUGGUUGGCAGCCUGAAGGAAGGUGCAAGAGGAAGGUGGGGCUGGAGCGGGUCCCCACCCCACCUCUGGGAGGGCAGCAUUUAUAAACCAGCCAAGUCUGGAUGCACAGGCUCCAAUAACCAAGUGGUGGGGAGUGUGGGUGGACUUUCUUUUCUUUUUGUGCUCAUGUGUUUUCCAAAUACUGACUUGUGAUCAGAAAAAAAGGGUAUGUUGGAUUUUUUAUUAUUACUAGGAUUGAUCAAAAUCAGACCUUGUUUGCCCAGGCUCCGGCCACCUAGUGGGAGAGCUACUUAGCCGCACUAUUGUAACCCCCACAGUGCCUGGCAUGGGGACAUUGGAAGUCAUAGGUGGACCAAGAGUUUCCAGAUAAGCCAGGAAGGGUGGUGGCAGCUGAGGCCAGGACUUGGGGUGGGGUCUGCAUCCCCUCCCAAGCAGCUUCAGAGCCCCAGCCAGGUGGGAGGUGACCUGCCUUCAGGCCUCUCAGCAGAAACUGCUCACAGGGCGGAAAGGGCCCCACAGCCUGCUGGUGAGGGAGGUCAUCUUAGUGACCCCUCCUCACCCUCAGCCUCACCCCAACCCAGGAACCUAAAGAAUGCUGGCAGGCUUCUGCAGCAUCUUAGAAAAUGUGUGCCAGAAAGGAGGCCACCAGCCCCAAGCCAAGCUGAGGGCUUAAAUAUGACUGUGUGUUUUUAAUUAAUGUGGCUCAGGUUUUGAGGAACACUUAUACAAGCCUGACAGAUACUCAGUUCUCAGCUAAAGCUUGUUGCAUGAAGGAAUGACCAAAAAUCACAAACCUGGACAAAGAAAGUCUGAAGAGGGGGCUCAGCUGUGGCUAAAGGAGAUCAAAACUACAUCAGCUUGGGCAAAGCAUGUCUCCAUUAUGUAACAGCCUCACAGGGAGCCCCUUUGGGAGAAGCCCUUCAGACUCCUGGGGAACAAAGCAUCCUGGGUUCCCCGGUCAUGACCCAGAGUGUGGGGCUUAGAUUACAGAAGAUGGGAGGCUGCAAACCACACAGAUGCAGGCUCAGUUCCCCUCCGGGCCGCAGAUAACUCCCCACUCAGUAUCUUUGAGAUGUUUUUUAGGAACAUAGACACCCCUCCCUCCCAUGGGUCUUCUCCUGACCACAAGCACGUAGGCCCCAGGCUGGGUGGAGCCUGAGGACUAGGACCCCUGUGACAGUCUUGUCACCUCACUGCUGCUCAUCAGGGGUGGGCACAGGCUGAUCACUCACCUGGCAGUCCUUCCCAUAAUGUUGCCUCUAAAACCCUGCUUGUGAGCCAACGGGGAGUUCUGGACCUCAGGCAUUAGCCACCCCUUCUUGCCUGGCGCCUGCCACAUCCUGAUGUCAGUGCUUGGCCUUGCUGUGCAGCAGGCAAGCAGACCCAGGUUGGUUUGGUUCAGUGACAUUGCUGCCUGGUUCUGAGAUGGGCAGUGUGGAAAGAGGGGGCGGGGAGUUUUGGCUGAGUCCUCGUAACGCUGAUUGAACAUACCUGAAAUCUACCUGAUGUGCUUUCUCUUUCAUUUUGAACUCACUAACCAUCUUGUGUGCACUAGUCAGAUACCUGAAGCUAGGCAGGCUGCCCUAAUGGGACACUAGCAAUC